AUGAUGCGGGGAUCAUCACAGCAGUUCAUGGGGAUCCCCGGACCCCAGAAGAUCCUCAAGACCGUCGGCUCCCUAUGGCUUUCGCAAACCCCAAAUCAAGAUACAUCCCUUGGGAUCUCAUCCUCAUGCCCUGGGUCGGAAAUAAGUUGUCAAGCCAAGUACCACGGCCAAGACACCUGCUGUUUCAACCACCCUGGCGGUCAAAUGCUGCAGACGCAAUUCUGGGACGUGGACCCUGCACUUGGCCCUGAAGAUGCAUGGACUAUUCAUGGCUUGUGGCCCGAUCACUGCGGCGGCGGCUUUGACCAAUUCUGCGAUUCCAAGCGCAAAUACAGCAACAUUUCGUUGAUUCUAGUUGACGCAGGUCGUGGAGACUUGCUCGAAUAUAUGAGCGAGUAUUGGAAGGAUUUCCGUGGUGAUGAUUCCAACCUCUGGCAACAUGAGUGGAACAAGCACGGCACUUGCGUUAGCACGCUUGAAACACAUUGUUACGAGGAUUAUCUACCACAACAGGAAGUUGUAGACUAUUUCGACAAAACUGUCGAAAUUUACAAGGAAUUGCCUUCUCAUGAGUUCCUCGCCAAUGCUGGCAUUAUACCAUCCCAGACACAGACAUAUGCUCUCGCUGAUAUUGAAGCUGCCUUGGAGCUCGCUCAUGGAAACCCUGUUACAGUCCGUUGCCGAGGUGGCGCAAUCAACGAGAUUUGGUAUUAUUUCAACAUCGCAGGAAGUCUGCAAAUGGGCAAAUUUAUCACUGCAGGCCCAGAUGGACAAAAGUCUAACUGCCCCUCCAAGGGCAUCAAAUACCCACUGAAGCAUGCCCGACACGAGCCUACGCAUACAACAACCAUAGGCCACCCUGAGCCCACGGCGCCUGGCACUCCUUUCACAGGCAGGGGCAAUCUAGUCGUGUCAAGGCUCAACCGAAAGCACGGCUGUAUCAUCAGCUACGGAACCUGGUUUUCAUCGGGAACUUGCGCUACUUUCCGGGCUGAGCAGCUAUCGGACGAUAAAUUUAUCCUGACAUCUAGCAAGGGGGCCUGCGCCUUCGAGAACGACGCCCUUGCUUGCGGACCUCAUGUCAAUGCGCCAAGCGAAUUCACUGCCAAAGACGGGAAGCUUUCUUAUAGUGGUGGCGAUACUUUCUAUGCCGACCAUGCACCCAAGGGGCGUACACAGAGUACUGUGUAUGCUUCGCAAGGGGGACGGCCUAUUGAGAUCGAGAUCACAUGGGCAUCGAAGUAG